UUUAUGCAUCAGACAGCAGUCACAGGGACAGGUUACUUCAGAGCACAACUGAAGUGCCUUCCAGGCCAGAGUUUCUGGUGACCGUAUUCUGAAGCCAGAAAGAAUUUGCUACGUACUCUGACCUGUCACAAGGGAAUCAUGGUGAAACUUGGCAGUGGCUUCAGUAAGACAGCAAUUGGAUGGAAAUCAUUUGGAACCACUGAAACUGCACUUGACGAGAUAUGUCAGGAGACACUCCUGCUCAUAGAUGUAGGUGAAAAAUCUGUCAUAUUGGCAAGCAAAGGCAGCAGUAAAGUUGGGACUAAAAAUACCCUCGAUGUCCAGGUGUUUUCUGCUGGACCUGGUAUAGUGGCUGCCUCUUAUUUCCACUACUGUGGCAGUAAACUGUGCAAUGAUGCUAGCAGCACCAGUGUCCUACUUGACUCCCUGUCACUUUCAGACUCUUCUGAGCUGGGAACCAUGCUGUGUCCUGUCUGCUUGCACUUUCGGGGAUCCUGCUCCGAGCAUUCCAAAUUUAUCCUCUGCCCUAAGGACACUCAUUGCUAUUUCAGUGACAUGACUAUAGAAGGAGGUGGGAUCAAUACCAUCUUUAGUCUUGAUGGAUGCCUGCCCGACUCUGCCAAAACCCUAUUGAAAAAUCAGACUUCAAUUGGGGUCUUCUCUGCAGUGGAAGCCUCUGAUAUCAGCAAUUCACCCUCACAUGUGCUUAUCCGGAGCACCCUCCUGGCCUGGAUGUUAGGGCUCAGGGCUUUUCUCAGCCUUUUGUCUACAGAGAUCUGUCCUCUCUGCUGAACCCAUUUCCCGGCCAUUCUAAUCCCUCUUGGCCAACCAUACCCAGCCCUCCUCUCACUUCAUAACCCAAAGACCUGAGACUGGGCACUGUCAGCCUGUGCUUUCGGGUGCCCUCAUCCCUCACCCACACACCUCUGCCUCCUCAUGUUUAAAUAUGGGAGCCACUGAACUCACCUGGCUCCAGAGCAGACAACCACACAUUGACCACACAUGUGGAAAAAUAAAGUUGCUGUUGUUUCUCCAAA